AUGGAAUUCGCGGUACCGAUACGGCGCGCGUUGUUGAAUGGCCUCCGCUCGUCGACGAGAAGAGCGCCACAACCAGGAGCCAUUGGCAAUCAUCACCGUCUUUUCAGGCGUUCAUUUGCCGGUACUGCCAACUCGUAUCACGCUUCGGCAAGUGCCAGCAAAGAAGGAAGCAGUCAAGAAAAACCAUUCAACUUUGAAGAAUAUUUUCUUGAUAGCGUCGCCGCGGCCUGCGACGAAACUGCAGCUUUUCAUCUCUCUCCCCGCCAAAGAGAUGGGAUGAGCAAAGAAGCCAGGGGACUUAUAACGCAGCUCUCAACAGCUUCUGAUCCACCCGGCCGGGUCGAAAACAUACAAUUCACAGCAUACAUGGUAGCUCCUUAUCGUAUUUUGAAGCAGGAAGGCUUACCCGUUUCACAAAUCCGCGAGAUACUUGAAGUCGCGACCAAAACAUCGGCAUCGUUCGUGUCCGACGCGAUACGGCAGCAGCUUGAUUCAUCUCCAGACCCUUUCAAACACUUGACUGAUGUGUCGCGGGGCAAGGAGGCGACUCUCUACGCGCCGCCCGAUUUUAAGCUCAAGCAUCCUAUCGAUACCAAGGAUAUAUAUCACGUUGAAAUUCACCAAUGUUGGUAUAUGAAGGCAUUGAAGAAGUUGGAUGCCACUGAAAUUGGUAGUACAUUCUGCGCGUUUGAUAGGACGUGGUAUGAUCAGAUUGAUCCGAGUCGGCAUCGGGUUCGGUUCGCUCGCCCGACGACAAUUGCGGAUGGGAGUGAUAGGUGUAGGUUUAAUUUUGACCGGGUGCCAAGGGAGGAAGAAGGACGAGAAAGAAAGGCUGCAGAGUUGCAUGAAAGGGAAGGUUCGACAUGA